AUGAGAAUUAUAUGCUUUUUAAUCUGGUUUCCAUGCUUUCUUUCAAUAAUUGUAUUGAAUCUUUCACCAGUUCAAUUCAUGUGUCAUGAAUAAAUGCCCUAUUUUCUAUGUGUCGCAAGUAAAAAAUGCGCUUUUAUUUAAAGAUCUAACCCUGAUAGCUACUGGCUAGAUCUAGUUCCUUAUAUGACUGAAAGCAGAUGUGUUUAUAGAGGCGAUCUAAGACAUUUUUUGUAUUAAGGCAUUGAGAAAUCUAUCGAAUUAGUUAAUACAGCAGCAUCUUAACUAUUUUCUCUAGAUGAUAAUAAAGAUAUAGUAGAAAUAGAUUAAGAUGAGGAAUCAUUAAAAAGCAUUAAAGAUAAUUAGAUACUAAAGGACUUAAAAUACUUCUAUGAAAAUGUUGCUUAUCUAUAAAGAACAAGGUACGAGCUUGGACUUUGGCUAAUUGGAAUCAGUUUCUUUUUCUUGUAUAAAUAUCUUAAAAAUUGCAGAAACUGGAAUGGUUAUCAAGUUUAAUUAGAUAUGGAAAAAAUAAGAUUGUAGAGAGAAUUGAUGCUGAAAGAAAAAAAAAUUAAUGGGAAGGAUGAAAUCAAUUCUGAGUAAAAGUGA